CCCAUGAUCUCGCCUCCACACCUGAACGCCGCCUUUCAGGCUCAAAAUCCCCAGUCGAACAUUCAUUCCGCCUACCUAUCACUACCGUCUCUGUAUUCCUCAACGAACUCGCAACCGGCUGCCCCUGUACGAACAUGCCUCACAGACACCACCGAGCUAAUCCUUCAGGAGAACGAAAAGUUGCGGAAACAGGUCGCCCUCCUCGAGCAGCUCGCCAAGCGGGAGUCGGUAUCCCCCACAUCGUCGCCGGGAAGUGGAUCGGGCACGACUCGGAGACGUAUCUCGAAGCUCCCCUUGAUUCGUCUUCCACCUCGGACGGAAACUGUUGCUGGCACUAGCGAUGAACAGAACAGUUUGGCGGCAUCCGAUUCGAGCAUGAUGGGACAGCAGCAGCUGCGUCCAUCGCCUUCCGAGAUGGUCGAAACUUACUUAGGUUUUGGUCGACCACCUAUCAAAGGCGUUGCAUCAUCGGAAGAGUUGACCAUCGACUUCACCUCGGCGACGGGACCGACCAUACGGAGGACACAGAGCGCAAGCUUUCCUGUGACAUCCGGCCCAAAUGCGCCUGCUGCCAUGUCCGUCGACUUGCCCUCGAUCAGCGAAACCGUCUCGCAGAUCGGACUCGCAGGACCGCAUACCGGCCCUCCACUCGACCUCUCAAUACGUCUCCCUCACACACCCGAACCCCCACCAUUCGACAUUCCUCGGGGCAAAUCGCUGCCUACGUCUGACCACGAGGCUGCUUUCGAUCCGGACAUCAAAGGCGAGACCGUUGUUUUGCAACAAGGGUUGGACGGGAUGCAAGGUGUUCAGACCGCUCCCUACCCAGAGUCAUUGCCAUAUGGCACGACGACGAGGGCUACUGCCUGUCAACCGCUGGAGCAGUGUCAAGCCAUGGAACCGUAUCCGCAAGCCCCGGAGCAGGCGCCGAUACAGGACUCUUCAUCCGCGCUAGAACAGCAGGAAACUGAACCUCUGAGAGAGUUAUUCACCCUGACUCCUCUUGACCGGACCAGCGUGAGGCUGCAAGAACCUUACAUGCGAAGCAAACAGUACCCCCUGAAACGCGUCGACAUGGGGCCAAUCCACCGGGCCGCCGCUAUUACCCAAACUCGGAUCCGACUACCCAGCCUCGUGGCAUACUCGAUGCCGCACGGACAUGCUAAAUCCACCAAACCGAGCCGUUCCCCUGAGCCUUACCCUCGAUACGACAGCUACUUGCCCUUGACAUUGCCACCUGUUCAGGCUCGACGUCGCGAGGGCGCCACCACGUUUACUGCCCCGCAGACUUUUAGUCAGGUUGGGUCGACCGGCAAGGGGCAAGCGCCUCGAGGGUAUCAACGAGCGGCUAGUCGGCGCUCCAUGCAGGUGGUACGGGAGAACGACACCGAGUCCGAGCAGAGCGUUUCGGAUCACUCGAUUGAGCCGAGCGUGCAGCACGAGAGUCGGUAUCUGAAGGCACUAUCGCAACGUCGUGCUGGUCGUACCGGACAACGUGGACCGCGCGGAACAAGGUGA